UUGGACACAAUUCAUGGCACUCAAGCUCUUCAUGUUAUUGUUCUUCUUGAUGAAUUGCACUGCGAAUUCCGACAACAUCUUCAAAACCAGCGAAGAAAACUACCUCGAUUGGGUGAGACGCAUGAGCUGGCGCAACCAUUCUAUCGCGAUGGAGGCCAACCACAUCUCCCAUCCUUGCAAGAACAUUAAGGUUCACAAGAAUCCCAAGAAAGGAGACUUCACCACCAUCAAGAGCGCCAUUGCUUCUCUGCCUCUCUUCAAUCCAUGCCGAGUAGUUAUUUCGGUUGCUCCAGGGACCUAUAGGGAGAAGAUUGAAAUUCCUGUCACAUUGGCUUACCUCACAUUGGAAGGAGCCAGCGGUGGAAGGACCAUAAUCCGGUGGGACGACACGGCCGACCGCCUAGGCCCCACCGGGGAGCCUCUUGGAACUUACGGCUCUGCCACGUUCGCUGUCAAUGCGCCGCAUUUCGUUGCAAAGAACAUCAUAUUUAAGAACAAGGCGCGGCCUCCGCCGGCAGGGGCGGCGGGGAAGCAGGCGGUGGCGCUGCGGAUAUCGGCCGACAUGGCGGCAUUCAUAAACUGCAGAUUCGUAGGGGCGCAAGACACCCUCUACGACCACAAGGGGAGGCAUUAUUUCAAGAAAUGCUACAUCCAAGGCUCAGUCGACUUCAUCUUCGGAAACGGGCUGUCUCUCUACGAGAGCUGCCAUCUCCACGCCAAGACCGACACGUACGGCGCUCUAACCGCGCAGAAGAGGGAAAGCAUGCUCGAAGAAACGGGCUUCUCCUUUGUCAACUGCAAGGUCACCGGGUCAGGCGCCCUCUAUCUAGGCCGGGCAUGGGGCACGUUCUCCCGCGUCGUCUUCGCCUACACCUACAUGGAUAAGAUCAUCACCCCUAGAGGCUGGAAUGACUGGGGAGACAAACAAAGACAAAUGACGGUGUUCUAUGGGCAGUUCAAGUGUUCGGGGCCCGGGGCGGGUUUUGGGGGGAGGGUGAAGUGGGCGAGGGAGCUCACCAAGGAAGAGGCUCAACCGUUUAUAUCACUUAGUUUCAUUGAUGGGCAUGAGUGGCUCACUAGUUUGUUGUGAUCUAUUUUGAUUAUUGAGUGAUUUGAUUGUAAUUGUGUUCUUAAUUGAUAUUCUCUUCAACUUGUAACAUAUAUAGACACAUUUCUAUGAAAAGGGUAAU